UGGCCAAGUCCGACAGUCCUGCUUUGUUUUGAGGAGGUCGUAUUUUAGCACAGGCAACGUGUUCCGCACAGGUUGACGGGAGAGUCACAGGUAACGUUAAAAAAAAAAAAACAUUCAGGACAGCUAACGUUACUGGAGUUUUCAAUAACUCCUUUGCAUAAGAAGGCACGUUGAAACGAGAGUUCAGGGGGUGCUCUCAUUCAAAAGAGGAUACACCCAGCAAACAGAGGCCCAACACGAAAGCCCUGUUAACUCCAGAGGGCACCGCCCGACACAUUUUAAAAACUGAAAACUUUCUAACUAAAACAAACCUGAUGCAAGGAACGCGUCCGCCUGGAACGUGCUCUCCUCCUCCUUUAACUUCAUUGGCGGAAUGUGAACCAAGGUGGACAGCGCUACCUACUGUGCUGGAGUGUGUCGAGAUAUUCUAUUAUAUUAAGGAUCAGUAGAUGCUGAUUUCCUCACCAUGGCAACAGAAGACAAGAAACCAGAGACGGACACCAAACCUCCAGUUGUUCCAUCAGCAUCCGCCAGUCAAAGCAAGUCUGCACCUGCCAAGCCAAACUACAGCCUGAAAUUCACAUUAGCGGGCCACACUAAAGCCGUCUCCUCUGUCAAAUUCAGUCCGAGCGGGGAAUGGCUCGCCAGCUCAUCUGCUGAUAAACUCAUCAAAAUCUGGGGGGCGUACGACGGCAAGUUUGAGAAAACCAUAUCUGGACACAAACUUGGUAUAUCUGACGUGGCCUGGUCCUCUGACUCCAACCUCCUGGUGUCUGCGUCGGAUGACAAAACCCUCAAGAUCUGGGACGUCAGCUCGGGAAAAUGCUUAAAAACUCUAAAAGGUCACAGCAACUACGUCUUCUGCUGCAACUUCAACCCCCAGUCCAAUCUCAUCGUGUCAGGAUCGUUCGACGAGAGCGUAAGGAUAUGGGAUGUGAAGACCGGGAAGUGUUUGAAAACAUUACCGGCUCAUUCUGACCCUGUCUCAGCUGUUCAUUUCAACAGAGACGGCUCCCUGAUCGUGUCCAGUAGCUACGACGGCCUUUGCCGGAUCUGGGACACGGCGUCGGGCCAGUGUUUAAAGACACUCAUAGAUGACGACAACCCUCCUGUGUCAUUUGUGAAGUUCUCCCCCAACGGGAAAUACAUCCUGGCUGCCACACUGGACAACACGCUGAAGCUGUGGGACUACAGCAAAGGAAAGUGCUUGAAAACCUACACCGGCCACAAAAACGAGAAGUACUGCAUAUUUGCCAAUUUCUCCGUCACCGGUGGAAAGUGGAUCGUGUCCGGCUCCGAGGACAACAUGGUUUACAUCUGGAACCUGCAGACGAAAGAGAUCGUGCAGAAACUUCAGGGCCACACAGACGUUGUCAUUUCGACCGCCUGCCACCCGACAGAGAACAUCAUCGCGUCGGCGGCUUUAGAAAAUGACAAAACCAUCAAGCUAUGGAGAAGCGACUGCUAAGCCCUUUUUUUUUUUUUUUUUUUUUUUAUUUUGGGCCAUUGAUUUUUUUUUUUUUUUACAUUUUCUUUCUAUGUUUUGUUGUAAGAAAAGAGGACUUUUAUUCUAACAGAGAGCUCCUGUGGGACGCAGAGGGCUUUCAGGUAAUGAAAUUGAGCAAGGAGAAACCAAACGAGAGCCACGAGCCACGUACAGUACAUCAGCCCACACCAGAGGCCCCAUCUCACAUACUCUGUGUGUGUGUGUGUGUGUGUCAACGUUGCCUCCACAGGGAAGCCGAGACUUUGGUCAUACUCUACAAUGUUGAUGCUCUGUUCCGGUGCUUCAGUCUUUUAUUUUUUUUGACAUUGCAUUAACUCUGAUGUCACAGCUUCCGUACCAACUCCCACACGCGCAUUUCUAGUAGUUUUCAAUAAAUGUAAUGCUUAUUUGGCUCUUCAACGAUUUCUUUUGCCUUUUUAAUUUGUCCGUGUAAUUGUGUAGUGUUGUCUAAAUGGCGUCAGGGUGAUUUAACUUUGACAUCAAGCAUUAGGUAUAAAAAAGGAAUUAAAUCUAAGGAUCCUUGUGGCUUUUAUUUAUUCAAAUGGCACCGCUAUUGUUUUUUUUUUAUAAUUUUUUUCCGUAAUAUCCAAUGCCAGAUCUCAAGUGUGUGCGCGGUGUGCCAUGUAAGGAGAUAUAUUCAGAGUUUGUAAGUCCUGUUAGGGCAACAAACCUAGUGUUGGGCAAGGACGUGAACAACAAAAAAAGAGAAACGUCUCAAGAAAAAAUGAUGUAUGAUACCACAGAUAUAGUUUGACAGUUACACAAAAAAAAAAACUGACAGUGACCAAAUGCAGUUAUUUAGUGUUUUAGGAGCUGUACAUAUUGUGCUUUGAUUCUUUUGUUGUUCUGGUCUCUUGUGCUUGAUUAGCUCUUCCUGUAGUUGUGCUCAGGAAGCCAGCAGCGUCAUGUCCUCUGUAGCUAACCUGCAGUUUUGUGGAAAUACAUGUUUGCAUUCGACAGCUAUAACCUGCGACUUAAUAAAACCAGUUUUUGUAUGUUUCAUGUUA